AUGCGACCGGACAGCAAGUUCAUCACGGUAGCUGAAAGGAAAGCUGCAUUACAAGCUGGACGGCUGGAGAUGAGCGACGGAGAUAACGGUGCAACCCGAGGGAACGGCGACAGGACUAGAGGCAGUGGAGAUGCCCGCGAGGAUCCUGGAAGGCUGCGUUAUUUGGCAGAGCCGCUGACAGGACGUGCACCAGGGAAAGGAGCUGAAAAUCAAAAUCUGCAGGAGGAAAAAAAUCAGGUGCAAUGGGAUAGACUAGCAAACAAGAAGAAGUCGAAUAUUUCUUACAAGCGACCUGAAAUUCGUUUGAGAUAUUCGUUGUGUCAAAAAGAAAAUUUACAACAUGUACGGUUUUCGUCUGUACAGAAACAAGUGCACUAUUCAACGUUUGGUUCGAAGAAACAGCGGACUGUUGAUCAG